AUGCCAUCAAAAAAUCAUGAACAAAAAACGUGCGAAAUACCAAAGAUUUGUUUGGAUUGUAAAGAAACAAGCGAUUCUAUCAACCUUUUUCCUAGUAAAUGGUUAGAUCGUGAGAUAAUUAAUAGUAUAAGGAGGUGUUUGGUUCGAUUCCUAAGGGCAAAAAAAGAACUAAGCGAAGUUAAUGUUAUUGGAACAUUUGUACUAUUUGAUAAUCUUUGUAAAGUUGGAAAAGCAGAUUGGUGUACCGUGUGUGACAAAGAAUUUAGGAACAAAGAAGAAUUAUAUGAACAUGAAGCUUCUGUUCUUCACAAAAUCGUAGACGGUCACACAAUUAAACCAGUCAAGUAUGAUGAAAACGAACCCACAGAAAUAGUUGAUAAUUAUUUGAUUUAUUCAUCCGGUGACAAAGAUGGUAGCGAUCAAAAGGAAUAUGAUAUUAAAGAGUUAUAA